CGAUCAUAGACAUCUUCAGCCGUCAAACCUCAGGGAUCGCAAUUACAUCCAAUCAUCGUCAACAUGCUGUAGCUGCGUCCUGACACCGCCAACAUCGAGCCAGCAAACCGUGCUCUGGGCACCCCCCGAGGCCUCGCCAAGGGUUCCAAGGAGUCGUCUGUAAGGUUGCCAAAGUCCUGGCAAGACGUGGAAAGUAAUAUGGUCACGCUGAUCACAGAGAAACUACAGAACCACUGUCUGGAAGACAAAGAUGUAACAUACAAUCAGAUAGACCAUCGUCCCGCGCACCGGAGCCUGCGAGCCCGUAGCUUCACCAUCCCGAAAACGUACCGCUAUGGAGAGCACAAGAGGACUGCAUUUGUGGAGAAGAAUGGCCUAAGGUCGGGGGUGACAGAAGCCAUGGCGUAUCCCCCGGGGGACCGCAUGACGAUUCUGACCCGCAGCCGUCACAAGAGCGAAACCUCUGCACCAACCCGCUUCAACUUCCACUGCAAUGACUCCAACAUAUCACAGACGCCGCCCGAACCCCCGCCGCCAAAGAAACGACACUGCCGCUCCCUCUCCAUCCCCACGGAACUUUCACAAACAGAUUCCAGCUGGAAGCCCAGCGGCUGCAAGCUCUGGACGCCGGUCACGAAACUCAAACAGGGUCAAAACGGGUUGAACAGCACAGCUUCCUUCCGAGGGUCCAACAGCAGUUUGUCGUCAUUCCCAGUCCACGCCGGUGGGAGAGCGCCCUUCAGCCCCAGCGAGCAGUUCUCCACCCCGCCCGAGUCGCCCAUCCCCCGCCCGGCCUCCGCCAGCAGCGGCUUCUUCGACACCUCGCUCUCCGCCCCGUGGCUCGACAACAGUCCCACCAGACACAAGCGCACUGACAGCUCCGUCUCCGAGGCCGUGUCCGAGGGCUCCGGGUCGCUGUCGUCCGUGGGAAGCAGCCUGACGUCCACGCCAGAGUUGCCGCGGAGACGAGUGGGCCUUCCGCGGGCCCGGUCCCAGCCCUGCGUCUUGCACCACGACCGCAAGGGGGGACUGAAACGCAGGCGAGAGGAGGAGAGACCAACCAUCGACUUUGUCAAGAUGAAAGAGAGUUCCUAUGACCACUGCAGCCAGCGAAAGCAGGGUGUGAGAAUACCACAGUAUGUUGUAAGUACAAACAUAAGGAGUUCUCGCAGCCUGGCUUCCUUUUUCAUCGACUCUGAGUUCUUUCUUGGCUUGAAGCCCAUCAUGUCCUCUCCCUGUGACUCCACCCUUUCCAGCGUCAUGAUAACCCCCUCACAGAGCCCAACCAAGGACCUUGAGGAGAACAAAGACAGGGAGAAGACGCCGUCAGACCUGGUCACCAUGACAGCGUGUGUGGAUGAGAUCAUCCCGAGUGGGGACGAGGGGGAGGCAGAAGACGCGGACGACAGUGGAACGGAAGGAGGAGACAGUGCAGAGUGUGACAGAGGAGGCUGCGGCAGCUUUGAAGAACCCAUUUUCCCUAUCGAUGACGAAAUUGACAUUGACCAGAUUGAGAGAAAUUGAAAGAUGUGGACUGACUUGGUAUGAUAAGCUUUCUGUGUCCAGGAGGUUUGUGAUAAUUGUACAAAUAGAAAGCGAUACCACAAGUUUUGCAUCAGAUAACAUUACCUCAUAUGUGCUGAGUGAUUUGUACAUGAUAUUUCAUCAGUAAAGGACACAAUGUGGUGUGACGUUAUGUGGCUGCCAGAGAGAGAGAGGGCAGAGUGAAGAACCAGGAAAAUGUCUAUUUUUGUGAAGAAGAUUGAGAGGAAAACAGGGUGUGACUUCCAAGGUCAGGUUUGAGACAAUGUCAAGUUUUCCCAGCCAACAUUAUACAGAAGUUUUGCUUCAGAUUCAAAGUGAUUCCCACACUAUGAAAGGUCAUAGCUUUGCCAGCUCUUAGUCUUACAGUUUUCCCCAUAGUCAGUCACAUUCUGAAAUGUACUCAUUAUCUUCUGUGGCACCUUGAUGCGUAUCACAAAUUAGUGAUACAACAACAGUGUCACAACUGGCUUAAUACACAAUCAUGUAUUAUAUACAUGUAUAGUUUUCUGUUAAGAUAAUGACCUGACCUUGUGUCUGAGAGACAACACAGUGAGUUUAAGCCACAAUGUCAUUUUUAACUAGAAAGUCAUGACCUUUCAUACAAGUACCUCCAAAGGGCCCAUUUCCCUUAAAAACCAAUAAUGUGAAAGUUGCUGCUAGUUUUUCUACCCGUUUCUAAACACAACCUCUUUGUGUUCCAAAAUGUCAACAGCAUGUUGAUGUAUCAACUCUCUCUCCAAACUAUUUUCCACGUUCAGCUGGAACGGUGAGGGAAAUUGACUACUCUAACCAUGGUCAGGUGUUGACCGAUGACAUGUACGUGUAGUGCACCAGUAUUGUUGGUCUAGUAGGGCCUGGAACCUGUUGGUAUGGCACAUACUGUUUGAAGGACUGGUGUUUUCUGCAUUUUUCCCCCACCUCACUAGGGGGCAUUUCUGCUGGGCUGAGUGGUGUUUCAAAUUCUCAUCUAUUGUCAAGAAAAGAUGAACAGUUGUGAUUGGAUUUCAUUUAACCACCUUAAGAAAAAGAUUUGAUGUUUAAGUCUUUGAAAAGAUUGAAGGUUGAUUUCAGAUCCUUCAAAACUAAAAUCCUGACAGAUGCAAGCCAUUAUAUACUGUUGUUAAUCCAUGCCUACCAGUAUGUGUCACACACAACACUGGAGAAGGAAGAAAGUGAGUUAUGAUGAAAUGAAGUAGUUCUGUGGGGCAAGUUUGCAGCAAAGACUUUGGAGCCCAACAUGUGUUGUAUCAGCCAUUGUCAAUUACUGUAAGGUGUGUUAAAAAUGAAAUGAUGACAAUGAAAGUAUAUCACUCUACAAAACUCUAUGGCAGGGAAACAUGGCAAAAGUUAAGUGUUUGUACAGAUUGUUUGAUGGAAGCACCAAGGAAAAUGAACUGGUUCUGUUAUUGAUUUAUCAAUGGCUGUAAGGCAAGAGUUUAUGAUGGUAAUAAUAUAUGUGAUGUUAUGAAAAUGUUAUGAUAAACAAAUGUUGUGUAGAUGACCUGUAGUUGGAAUCAGAGGCAGCUCUUGAAAUGGUGGGCUUGUUCUGUAUUAGAAAGUAGACCCAUUUCACCAAUUAUCAAUGGUUAAUGCAGGGAAGAAAGUAACUGUAGCUUACACUGGUCCAUUCUAUGAAUGUUUGAAAAAACACCAAUACCAGCAAACUGAGAAGAAAUGGUACCACAAUUCCUCAGGAAAAUAAUAGCAUGUUCAGAGUUUCGACACUUUAAAAUAAACAGCAAAUUUUGCGUUGGAAGUUGUAACGACCUGUGCACAAUGAGUGGAAAUGCCAUGGCUUCUCCAGCAUAGGGAUGCAUGGUAACAGCAGGCCAGGGGGAAGACUAUGUGUGUGCACAAUAAAUUUUGUAUGCUUUAAUGAUAGGAGUAGCACGUGUAUAGCUCUGCAGAAGAGGAACCUUAGACUGGCUGCAUGUGAUGCGUAUCUUACCCAGUCCAUUAUAUCCAGUGCAGUACCCCGUGACUGCCAUGAAAAAAUUUUGCAGUUUGUAGCCGCUUGGUUUAACUACAAGCGCUGCAUUGCGUGUUUCCUUUUUGUGUGUUCAACCAGACUUUGGGACAGGUCUUGACCUGUGAAUUAACCUGUCUUUUGCCUGCUGGUAGUGUGUUCUACAGGUUGUGCUGUUUUGAGCCUGAGCGUGUUUUAUGGAAAUUUCUUUCUCGGUGUACGGAGACAAAAAAACGUUGUGUGGUUCUGUAUAUCUAUAUUCAAUGUUGUCAAGUAAGGAAUGUGUCCCGGCUGCUUGGCAAGGUCAGGGUUUGACAUUUUGACCUCUCAACUCUAACCUUAGGUUCAAUGUAUAGGUCAUAGGUUGGUUUCCAUAUUGGACAGCUUUAAGCACAAUAUUUGUAAACCAUAAUCUCUGCCAAGCAGCCAGGACCCACAUAGAUAGGGUGUUCCAAUUGAAGAAAUCAAAGUGAUUUUAUAGAAAAAGUUUGAGAUUUGUAUCUCAGUAGUGAUGACGUUUUAUGGUAUGAAGAGUAGGUGACCACUGUUGACCUCGUGUGGUCUUUCUAGGACUGUGAAGAUGUUCUGCAUGCAGAAUGAAGAUGUUUGCAUGAAUUCUACAUUCCUCCUUGGCAGGAACAAACCACUACAAGAGCUGGUUUUGCAUCAGUGCCUGUUUUUUGGAUAGUGUCAGAUAUUGUCAAAUAUGAACAUUGGACAAAGACGUGCAAAGUAAGAAAAGUCAGAAUGGUUAUUAUGGGGAUGAGACACGGGGAUGUGCAGAGAAAUUUCUGAUUGGCAACUGGAAAGAUGUUGAAGAAAAAUCAUGUUUGUUGGAAUCAUUCCUGUUUUUCACUUCACUCCUUUCUUCUGACCCCCCAAAAAACUGUGUAGACGCAAGUAUUUCAAUUGUUCAGAACCACUUUGGCAAUGAAAGUAUGCUAUAUUCCUCAAUGAAAGUAUGGUAUAUUCCCUUCUACAACAGGCACCAUCUUUAAGCAUGUCCCAAUGGCACUGAUGCAGCUCUUGUGGAUUGGUGUUACUGUCUCCAUCGAUUAACCAAUACCACAUUCCAUGUGCAUCAUGUUCAUGCAAGUGCACACGGGUAGCGUGACCAAAGACUUGAGAAAAGCAAGACUCUGGGUUCUGACAACAUGCUGUUUAGAACUUUUGUCCCAUACACCAAACUUUCCAGCUCCAACAUGAUCCAUUUCUGAAGGAUGGAUAAGAUUCCUUCAGGGGGUUUUGGUCUUUUAGUCAAUGUUUGGAUAGAAUCACAGUUUGUCUUGAGCACAAAGUGUGGCUUUGAUUUCAAAACCAACACCACUUCCAUGAACUUUUGACUGUGACAAGGAGCUACCUGUAGGAAAGUGGUGAUGUACAAAUGUAACAGAUUGUGACAGGACUGUUUUACCCCAGAGCAACACCUGGCACAACCAGUGCACAAAAGUGUCUAUGGGUAUUUCUCAAGUCUCGGGUUGAUUUUUUGUUUGUGUGUUGCACCAAACGGACUUAAUCCCACCACAGAGUUGUUGUGUUGUACACUGUUUAUUUGUAGACAUAUUUAUGUUGAGUAUUAAAAAAAGUAAAUACUAUAUGUUAUAGCUAUAAUUAUGGCGAGUGCUUUGUCUUGAUUAGUAUUAUUUGAUAAAGAAAACCCUGAAUUUAGAAGAUUAGCUUUUAGUUGAGUUGCAGUAAGUUGGAAUGACUAGACAAUUGAGAAACAAGAUGAGAGAGUAGGAACUAGUUUGCCAUGAUUUGUAUAUUUGUAAUGAGAUACGAGGUUUCUGACCUACAUGACGGUGCGUUUCCCGUGUUUGUGGGAAGAUUGCUUGAGAGAAAUGCUGUAUUUUUGUGUGGACUUGAGAAGAGAGCUUUCUCACUGAGAAAA